UUGACAACUAAAAUUCUUGACAUUUCUUAACAAAAAAUAACUUAAGAUUUUCACAUUUCACCAGACUAAUAUAAGUUAAGUUUAAACGAGAUAGAAGCUAAUAAUACGAAAUGGCAAAAAAUAAUGGGACUGUUUAUUUAGGUUUUGAGGAUGAAGAGAUUACAGAAAAAUAUAAAUCGCAAUUGAAUUAUACUGUUAAUAAAGUUGGUGGUGUACCGGAUUGGCCGACUUCAGAUAUUAAAGUUCCAUAUUGCCCAAUAUGCAACUGCAGUCGUCCACUUUUGGUACAAAUAUAUGCGCCUCUCGAAAAUUCUUCAUUUCAUCGAACUUUAUAUAUUUUUGCUUGUCUCAACACACUUUGUUCGAUAAAAUCUCGAGGUUGGAUAUGUAUUAGAACUCAAACUUUAGAUAAGCAAGAGCUUGAGAUAACAAAUUUAGGUAAAAAAUCUAACAAAACAAGUAGUCUUAAUAUAACUUGGUGUGAUGGGGCGGAUGAUUGGGGUGAUAAUGUUUUAAACACAUGUGAAAAAAUGCAAGAGAUCAAAGAAGAUGGUGGAGAAGAAAAUGGGAAUAUUAUAAAUAACAAUAUGACAGUUGAUAAUUCAAAUAGAAUUUCAGAUGACGAUGAGAGUACGGAAAAUGAAAUCCUUAACAGCAUUAGUAAUUUGAAUGUGGAUGAUAAAAAUGCUAAUUGUGGUGCACAAGGAGGUGUUGGGAGUAUUUAUAACAACGAAAUACCAACAUAUGCCGAAAUUGAGGGCGAAGAAUCAGAAAUAGUUACAAUUGAGAGUCCUGUUGUUCCUCAAAGAGAUUUAAUAGCACUGAUGAAACAAACAACUGGUUUACCAGCCAAAUUAAAAAAUUUUACAUUGAAAAGCUUUUUUAUUUAUGUUGAAGAAGAAAAAUUAAAUUUGUCUAACAAUUAUUUUGGGAUUACUGAUCAUGUUCGAGAGCUGAUACAGGAUUACCAGUUAAAAGAUGAAAUAAGUUUUUCCGAAAGUCCAAGUUUUAAUGUUAAUGUCUGUGAUAGUGCUAAAGAUGCUUGUGCUUCGGGUGGCUUUGAAAACGAAUCAUAUGAAAAAGCCAUACCAGCUCAUGGUGAUAUAAUGUUUCAUAAUUUUAUGUCCACAAUCCAGGAAAACAGUGGACAAAUAAUAAGAUACACCCGUGAUUCUUUGCCUUUGUUGAUAGCUCCACUUACAGAAAAUGUUCCUAAAUGUCAAUAUUGUGGUGGUGAAUGCAUUUGCGAAAUACAAAUUUUGCCAUCUUUAAUACCUUUAUUAAAAUUUCAAAAUAAUGAACAUACACCUAUCGAAUAUGGAAACGUUCUAAUUUUUACUUGUUUAAAAAGUUGCUGGGAUACACCAGAUAAAAUGAGAAUUGAAAAUGUUAUUGUUCAGCAAGAAGCUUAAUGCUAUGAAAAAUUUUAUCUGAAGAAUUGAAUUUCUUAUCCAAAUUAUAAUACUAAAAUUUAUAAAAAUAAUUUGCAUGCUUCAACAGUUUUUAUUCAACAUGACUAUUUCCAAUUUUAUUCGGUAUUAAAUCUGUUUCUUUGAUUUCAUAUAUAUAUUAAAAACCUAUUAAUGUAAUCAUUUCAAAACAAAUACUUAUUUAUGUAUAAAAAUACUAUAACAUUAUAGUAUUAUCAUAUUUUAUUAAUUUGUAAUUGAAAUGCUUUUAAAAACUUUAUUUUUAGUUUUCCUAUAGAACAAACUGGUAUAAAUUUCUGGUUUCCUUGCCAAAUUUUUUAAGACUUUUCACUUUAUAUAAACAUGUCUUUAUAUUUAUUACAUAAUAGACUUGAAUAUUAACAUAAUUUGUUCAUCUUUGCAGAAGAUUUUGAUGAGCAAUAUAUUCAAACCAAAAUCUAAAACAUAAUUUUUUUAUACAUGUUAAGUUUUUUGAUAAAAAAAUUUAAUUCUUCACUUUCCACUUUAUACUUCAGCACUUGAUAUUUAUAAUGAAAAAUCAAAUAAAACAGGCACAAAAUAUCCUAUUUAUAAUAAAUACAUAUCCAAAACAAACUUUUAUUUAAAAAACAAUAUAAGGAAUAUUAUUGUGUAAACAAUUACAAUGUUAAUAAAAUGACUAAUUCGCUUUUAAAGUUGAUAAAGCUAAAAUAUUGUUAGAUUAAACAAAAUAAAAUUAAAUACAUAAAAAUUUCUAAUAACAACACGAUUUGUAGUAAUAGUAGUUUCCGAAUUCAAAUCCCUUUAUUUAUUCAUAGAAUUAUUUGUAAACGUAUACAUAUAUCAAUUACGUAAUGUGAUACUUAUUGAGAAGAGCAUAUUAAAAUGAAAUACGAAAGUUGUGUUGUCCAAAUUAUUGGGUUAAAAAUAUAAAAUAAAAUUGGAAUAUUUGAUGUCCUUUAAGCUCAGUACAUUAAAAUUCUUUAAUAGUAAUUUCAGAGUUUUUACUAUGAACUGAUUUUAUUGAUUAUAAUAUAAUAAUUUUAUUGUAAUAUAAUGAUUCCAGAUAUUAUAAUGUAAAAUGAUGUAUAUAUGUCUAUAUA